CCGAAUCAUACGGAGCAAAGCGCGCGGAAGAAAAUAUUGUUGCUUCAGAAAAACAAAAGUAAAAUAACAUUUUAAUAAUAUUGUUCAGGACUUACUCAGGAGCCCAUCAUGCAGCGAAGUAUAGCGUCCUUCUUUCAGCCAAUGAAAGGCAAGGAGAAGAGUGAUGGACAGGUCAAAGUAAAGUCUGAACCUGUUAAAAGUCCCCUUAAAAUUCAGAAUGGCGUUCAGGAAUGUGAUUCUCCAGUAAAGAAGGUUAAUAAACGCAUCCGACCAAUCAUAGACAGUGAUGAUGAAGACCAGCCUGUGGUAAAAGAGCAGGUGCCUAAACAGAGUGAAGUUCAAACAGUACAACCAGAGAAGAAGGCUGCGCCCACUCCUAUAUCUCAAAACAAAAUUAAAACCCCAACGACACCCGUCACUUCUGGCAUGCCGGAUACCAUGGUCACCCCUGCUUCCUCAAACACUCCAGGGACUCCUGCAACCCCGACGUCAACAUCGCCGUCAGGAAUUCCGAAACGUAACACGGCACGGAAGCAGUUCCCUAAGAGGAAGCUGGAAAGCAGGAGUGAUGGAGAGGGAACAAAAGAGGAGGAGAAGGAGGUAAAUGUGCAGGAGAAAAAGAGAGCUCGAGUGGAGGACUCCCCUGACCAGACAGAGAAUGAGAAGAUGGAGGUGGAAGAGAAGUGUGAAGAUGGAAAGACUGCAGUGGAAAAACAGAAAGAGGACAAAGUGAAAACUAGUGUAGUUGUGGAUAUAAACAAUGAGAAGGAAGAAGACAGUGGUAACAACAAUGAUGGUCCAGAGAAAAAGAUAAAUGGAGAGAGUGAGAUGAAAGAGAAAAUAGAGGGCAAGAAAGAAAAGGAAGACAGCAGUCCUGAAAGAAAGGUGAAAAAAGACAGAGACUCAGACAAGGAGGGAUCAGCCAAGAAAAAACCCAUCAGCAGUUUCUUUGCCCCUAGAAAGGCAGCAGUAAAACUGGAAAAAGAGGAGAGAAAUGAAGGAGAGAAAAAGAAGGAUGGAGAGACUGCUGGCAUCACUGAACAGAAAGACAAGAAAAGCGAAAAGGGGGUGGAGUCUGCAGUCCAGAGCCAGUACGAACCCUCGAGAGCGAAUUACCAUCCCAUUGACAAUGCCUGCUGGCAGAAGGGCGAGAAAGUGCCUUAUUUGGCUGUCGCUCGCACAUUUGAGAAGAUCGAAGAAGAUUCAGGCAGACUGAAAAACAUCGAAACGCUCUCCAACUUUCUGCGCUCUGUUAUUCUGCUCUCUCCAGAUGAUCUGUUGUGCUGUGUAUACCUGUGCCUGAACCAGCUUGGCCCUGCGUAUCAGGGUCUAGAGCUGGGCAUCGGGGAGACCAUCCUGAUGAAAGCUGUUGCUCAAGCAACAGGGCGACAGCUAGACAAAAUCAAGGCAGAGGCUCAGGAGAAAGGCGACCUUGGAUUGGUCGCUGAAAGUUCACGCAGCAACCAGAGAAUGAUGUUUACACCGGCCAAUCUGACAGCAGGGGGCGUGUUCACCAAACUGAAGGAGAUUGCCAACAUGAGUGGAAACUCUGCAAUGAAUAAGAAGAUUGACAUAAUUAAAGGCCUAUUUGUAGCAUGUCGUUUUUCCGAGGCCCGAUACAUUGUUCGGUCACUGGCAGGGAAGCUGAGGAUCGGAUUAGCAGAGCAGAGCGUUCUAUCUGCUCUCAAUCAAGCUGUGUGUCUGACACCCCCAGGCCAAGAGUUUCCACCAGCUGUCCUGGAUGCUGGGAAAGGAAUGAGUGCAGAAAACCGGAAAGUUUGGCUGGAGGAGAAAGGACUGAUCCUCAAACAAACAUACUGUGAGAUGCCAAAUUAUGAUGCCAUCAUUCCUGUCAUGCUAAAAGAGGGCAUAGAUGAGCUGCCCAAACAUUGCAAGCUCACCCCAGGUGUGCCCCUGAGGCCAAUGUUGGCUCACCCCACCAAAGGGGUCGGCGAGGUAAUGAAACGAUUUGAUGAGGCGUCUUUCACCUGCGAGUACAAAUAUGAUGGAGAGAGAGCCCAGAUCCAUAUUCUUGAGAAUGGAGAAGUGCGCGUUUUUAGCCGAAACCAAGAGGACAACACAAGCAAGUACCCUGAUAUCAUCUCGCGGAUCCCACAGGUGAAGAAAGCCAGUGUACGGUCCUGUGUUCUGGAUUCAGAGGCAGUGGCCUGGGACAGAGAAAAGAAACAGAUUCAACCAUUUCAAGUGCUCACCACACGAAAGAGGAAGGAUGUGGAUGCCUCUGAGAUCAAGGUUCAGGUGUGUGUGUACGCCUUUGACCUGCUCUACUUGAAUGGGGAGUCUCUGGUGCGAGAACCUCUUUGCAAACGCAGGGCUCUGUUACAAGAGAGUUUUGAGGAGAGAGAAGGAGAGUUUGUCUUUGCUCGAUCUCUAGACUCUGAUAACACAGAAACCAUCGCUGAGUUCCUGGAGCAGUCUGUACGAGAUUCUUGUGAGGGCUUAAUGGUGAAAACUCUGGAAAAACACGCAACAUACGAGAUUGCCAAACGCUCCCACAACUGGCUCAAGCUGAAGAAGGACUAUCUGGAGGGUGUCGGUGACACCAUGGAUCUGUGUGUGAUUGGUGCUUAUCUGGGAAAGGGAAAGAGAGCAGGCAGCUAUGGAGGAUUUUUACUGGCCUGUUACGAUGAGGAGAACGAAGAGUUCCAGUCUGUCUGCAAGAUUGGAACAGGCUUCAAAGAUGAAGACCUGGAGCAACAUUACAACUUCUUGAAGGAGCACAUUUUACCUAAACCACGCCCAUAUUACCGUGUGGACCAAUCAGCGGAGCCAGACGUCUGGCUGGAUGCGGUACAAGUGUGGGAGGUGAAAUGUGCUGACCUUUCAUUGUCACCGGUCUACAAGGCAGCGAUGGGAUUGGUGGAUCCAGAGAAAGGGAUUUCACUCCGUUUUCCACGAUUCCUUAGGAUCAGAGAUGACAAAAAAUCAGAAGAUGCCACCACAGGGUCACAGAUUGCUGAUCUCUACAAGAAACAGCAGCAGAUUCAAAAUCAGGGUGACAAAGCAGAUCUGGAGGACUACUAUUAAUUCCUGCACGCUGAUUGGCUCCUGUUGUCUGCUUGUCUAAUUCUCAUAGGUGUGGGAGUUCCUAUGAAUUUCUUUUUCUUCAAUAUUUUGUUGCAUAUUAACAUGCUGAAUUUUUAUGCUGUGAUAUUCUAAGACAUGAUGAAAAAUUGAAAUUAAAAUGUAAAUAACAAUGACAUGAUGGAGCUGAAAUAAACACUUGUUUUUCC